AGAGAGAGAGAGAGAGAGAGAGAGAGAGAGAGAGAGCGCUGCGGAUUAAGACGUUUUUCUGUGUGAGCGGGUUCUUGCUUGAAGCCAUCUAUCUGCAGAGUCAUUUCAAGAAAAAGAGGAAGCGGCGGGGUCACUUUUCGAGCGCAUCCAACACUAUCUCCAAGCUGCGUUUCACUGAUGGACACCAACCGGUGAAGACAUGUUGCUAAAUAUCUCUCUUUGAUCUCGAUUAGUCUGCCUGAGAGUUACCGUGAAGUCGACUGGAAAUUAACUAUACAGAUGCACCUUUGUCUCAGAGCAUUUAUGAUAAGUAUCGACGCUUCUCCUCCUUUCCCAUUCACGUGAGAAGUUUGACCGGAGCUGGCUGAAGGGAGGCUGUGUUUCCGAUUGGCUGUUUAAUCUGUGUAGCUCAAGCAUCUGGACCACUGUUUCUCAGCACAUUGAGGGUUGCAUGCAUCAGUGCCAAGAAAUUGCAUUACAUGGGAGACUUCUGCUAAGGAGACACAGAGACAUUACUGAAAGAUGGAGGUGGGAGCUGAGCAAGGAUGCACACAGGGAAACGGACGCAGUGACGCCGUGGCCAGAGAACCGCGCACCACUCCCUGCAACAGCUUGAAGAUGUUUCUGGUAGCUUUGUCCUUUGCCUAUUUUUCAAAGGCUCUGUCGGGGAGCUACAUGAAGAGCACAAUAACUCAGCUGGAGAGGCGCUUUGACAUCCCCAGUUACCUAAUAGGUGUCAUUGACGGGAGCUUCGAGAUGGGUAACCUGUUGGUGAUAGCUUUCGUCAGUUACUUUGGGGCCAAGCUCCAUCGGCCAAAGAUCAUUGCAGUAGGUUGUGUACUGAUGUCCAUUGGCACCUUCAUCAUCGCUCUGCCUCACUUCAUCAUCGGACGCUAUGAAUUUGAAACAUCACUACGGUGGGUAGUGAACUCAACACUUAACCCCUCUCCUUGUCCGUUGGGCUCCCCAGCAGACCUGACCCAACAUGGUAAACUGCCUCAAGUGCCCGCAACAGGUUGUGAAGGCGACUCCAACCUGUCAAUGUGGAUUUAUGUGCUCCUGGGAAAUGUCUUGCGGGGGAUAGGAGAGACGCCUGUUCAGCCACUCGGGAUCUCUUAUAUAGAUGAUUAUGCUAGUGAGGAAAAUGCUGCGCUUUAUGUUGGCUGUGUGCAGACCAUUUCAGUGGUUGGACCUGUGUUUGGCUACCUGUUAGGCUCCCUUUGUGCCAAAAUAUAUGUGGACAUUGGAUUUGUAAAAAUGGAAACUAUCACCAUCACCCCAGCAGAUGCCCGCUGGGUGGGAGCCUGGUGGUUGGGCUACCUCAUAGCUGGGGUCAUCACCCUACUCUCUGCCAUCCCAUUCUGGUUCCUGCCCCGCUCUCUGCCAAUACCAGAUCCCCAGGGCCCAGAAGAGUGCACACCAGAGCAGACACGCUUUAUUAAAGACCCUCCUCUUUUGAAGCACAAGUAUCCUGCAGACGAAAAUACAACUUUCAUAGAGAUGGCCAAAGACUUUAUUCCAACCCUUCGAACUCUGCUGGGACACCCUGUGUAUUUGAUAUACCUAUGUGUGACAAUCAUCCAGCUGAACUCUCUCAUCGGCAUGGUCACCUACAAGCCUAAAUACAUUGAGCAGCACUUCAGGCAGUCUGCCUCAAAGGCCAACUUCCUCAUGGGUGUGAUCAAUAUCCCAGCUGUGGCACUGGGGAUGUUUUCUGGAGGUCUACUGAUGAAGAGGCUGAAGCUGAACAUCAUGGGAGCAGCCAGGUUUGCCUUCGGAACAUCUCUGAUUGGUUACAUCCUGUCACUGUUCUUCUUCGCAAUUAGCUGUGAGAAUGCGAAGGUAGCGGGGGUGACACUUUCAUACAACAGCAUGGAUAGGAUAUCUUAUGAUACACACUCAUUGUUCACAACAUGCAACUCAGACUGUUUUUGUUCAGCAAGUGACUGGGACCCAGUCUGUGGAGAGAAUGGCAUCACAUAUGUUUCUCCCUGUCUUGCUGGCUGCACCAGCUCUUCUGGCUCAGGGAAAAACACAGUCUUCUCUAACUGUAGCUGUGUCGGUGUGGCUGGUAACUUUACGGCCAGUACCGGUCAGUGUCUUCAUAAGGACGACUGUGACAGGAUGUUCCCGUACUUUUUGGCUCUCUCUGUCAUCACUUCCUUUAUCAUCUCCCUUGGGGGCACACCAGGCUACAUGUUUCUCAUCAGGUGCAUCAAACCACAGCUGAAAUCUUUGGCAUUGGGUUUCCAUGCUCUGUCAACACGUACCCUCGCAGGGAUACCAGCACCCAUCUACUUUGGAGCAAUCAUUGACACCACAUGUCUAAAAUGGGGUCAGAAGAGGUGUGGAGGCAUAGGAGCCUGUAGAAUCUACAACACCACUGCAUACAGGAUAGCAUACCUGGGUCUGACUCUGAGCCUGCGGACUAUCUCAUUCAUUAUUUGCAUCCCGGGCUUCAUUUUGCUCGGUCGACAGCUGAGGAAGGAGGAAAGAAACGCCAUCCACGGAGCUCUGGCCAACGGCGGGACAGAGUUGGAGGCACUGAGGAAGGAGGAGUUUGUGAUUUCUAAUUCUGACCAAUCACAACAAACAGUAGACAACAGCACAGCCAGGGAGACACGGCUGUGACAGAUCCAACAGAACUGACCCCCCCCCUUGUCUCCUUCUCACAAACACACAAACAAACACACACACACACACACACACAAAUACAGCCAUAGACGGUCAUAUACACCCACAGUAUGUACAGAGUGAUACUGUACACAUGCGCACACACUCAAUUGAGAUUUGCAGGGAAUCACAUGUUGUAUCCAAUCAUCUCAUAUAAAACAUAAAUUCUAUAUUUGUACUACUGGACUUGUGAAGGCUUUGUGAAUUUAACAGGAAAUUUGAUAUAACUGAAAUAUUUCUUGAAUGUACAUGCUGUUAUUUUGUUUUCUUAUUAAUAAAAGUAUAACAAUAUUUAUGGGGUUUUAAUGGUGGCACAAGAGAUCAAAUGGGAAAUGUGACUUGUGCAGACUAAUACAAACAUAGUAUAAUUCUGAAAACGAGCACUUAUAGACUGCCUCUUUAAAUUUUUCUUUCAAAUGAAGUUUUUCUUGCUGACAUCACAAGAGGAGAAGUGGCCUUAUAAACCAGAGGCACAAUACUAAAUUUAAACAAUUAACUACAAUGAAGAAAAAUUAAAAAUAAUUAAGCAUCCAAAGAGACAGGAGGUGAGGAAUUUUUUUUUCAGAAUUUAAAUAGAAAAGAUAAACAGGUUGUUGUGGAAAUAUGUCUGUGAACGUGUAUUUCAGUGACUUUUAGAAGGCUUGACAGUUGUUGAUUUGACGUAUGUGCCUCAUUCACUCAACAGUUAGCUCUAAAUCAUGUGUCUCACAUUUUAAACAGAUGUCUGAACAGACUUCUUUUGCUUUUAAUUUCAGACUAAAUGAAGUCUUUACACUCACUUAGAAAAACAAGGUUAAUUUCUGACUGACUCUUAAACUUUUGUCUUUUACUUUAAGCCCAAAGUCAAAUCUGAUUGUAUUGCAGUUUGUGUUGUGUGCUUUCUGGAUGUGAACUUGUUCCUUUGGUACACUAAAAAUAGAAAUUGUGUUUAAGUGAGAUUUGCUUACCUGUUUAGUUUAAUCUGUCUAGUGGAGGCUGCUCCAUACUUUAAUGAUUUUAAUCAGCACUAGCCCCAAUUAUCUUCUAGCCAAAUCUGGUAUUGUUAAGGAGAAAAACGUUAUAAGAUACACAGCACACUAAACUUUGUCAUGACAGAUAGUAAGGAUUAUUUUAAAUUUGCUCAGAAUAUCUCAAUGCACCUCAGCAGGCUCUGGUAUUAAAAAAAGCCAUUCUUGUAGAAACAGAUGGCUUAGGUGAAUGCUUGCUAAUGUAUCUGCCAUGUGUUGUGCCUUGAAAAGGCAGAAUUUGUACUGUUGAUAAAAGACAUACUGUCCGUUGUCCCAGUCUUUAGGCAAACGUUACCACCGUGUGAAGUAUCACCACAGGAAAUGUGCAUUUGUGUAAUUGAUGUGUAUGUCUGCAGCCAUUGCUACAUGAUGUUUCACUGGUCUUUUUGUUUUUAUUUUUUGCGUGUAUAAGCUCCUGUGCCAAAACCCACAAUAUCAGUUUUAUUUUCAUAAACAGCUUCAUCUCAUAACCAGAACCCAUUUUCUUGAAAUCUGUCAAAAUAAUUUUUAAAACAAAAAGUGACAUUAAUCGACAAGCUACUGUAUCUCAAGACAAUUGUUUUAAGGUAUUACUGUGGUCUUUGUAAAUGUAUAGCAUAUUAUCAUUUUGUAAGACUUAAUUUCCAAAAUGGAUGUACCAUUUUGUUAAUUUACACUAUGUGGUGAAUGAAUCAUCUUUUCAAUUCAGGUUUAGUUGCCAGCACAAGUGGCCACAAGUACAGACUCAGAGAGGAGCAGCAGAGAGGUGUACAUGAAUAAAGUCAUUUUCUUAAUAAUGUAAGGCAUUUCCUUGCAUUAAAGAAAUCAAAAUGUAAAUAAUUUUCUUGGAUUAUUAUUUUUUAAAUCUCAAAGAAUAUCUUAAAUGCAAUACUAAAAUAAAAAUUUUAAUACCCAAUGCAAUAAAUGCUUUGGUGUUAUUUAUUCAAAACAAGGCACGGCAUAAAGAAUUGUAGCUUUAUUAAACAAAAUGUAUUACAUACAUCCACCUAAAAGGCACUUCCAUGUGUCUUCGACAGAAAUGUUGUUUUGCAAUUUUGACUUGAAAAAUUACUUUGUAAACCCAAUAACCUAUUUAUUUAUCAUAAAAAAUGGGGAACAUUGAAGCUUCUCGUGAUUACAAUCUCAGGUCCGUUUUCACAGUGGCAAGGCUUUGUUGGAUAAUGGAAAUGAAACAAAACUUCAACCAUAAUGACUCACCACCAAUACUAGGUGAAAAACAAAUCUAUCAGCUGGAAUACAACAAAAACGUGUGCAGUGCAACUGUACAUGCAAACUAUAUUUGCACAGCCAUGCCAAGUACAGACAGAAUUUACAUACUGUUUUUAAGACCAAUGUGGGUGCAGCAGGUGUCCCUUAUACUAACAGAAAUAAAGAAGCAAACACUCAGUAUCAAAAUACAUUCAUAGCGGUCACUGAACUAGCUUUCGACAAAUCUUGCACUCUACAGUGUGCACCUGGCUAACCCCAAUGACACAAUACAUAAAACAUCCACCCUUGUUGCAUAUUUCUUUAACAUUUUAAAAGUGCUCUGUGAUCAGACCUGGGU